UGUCGGCGACCCAUCUCCUCAUUAUUUGGUUUUAUCGUGGGCGAGGUCUGUGUGUCUCUGUGUGCGCAACACUCCAACCCGCACACACACCAACCCAGUAUAAAAAAAGCGUCCUCCCUCCCGCGAGGCGAGAUCCAGCCAGCCAAUGGACGACGCCCACAGUUUCCACCGGCAGUCUCCGGUCGCCCCGGCCCCCUCGCGCAACGGUAACCGAUAAGCCCAGCGUCCCGACACGCACCUCCGCCAGCACGUGCCGGUCCACGCCUGCGCAUCUCGCUGCCGAUAAGGUAGUCGUAGUGCAGUGCAGGUGUGGCCACGACACCAACCUUCCGUAUAAAUAUUUCACUUACCCCCUCGGGAUCCCGAAGAAUCGCACACUCUGCGCUGCUUCACACUACUACUAGUCUACUACCUUUUUUCCGUCUCGAGAGGACCCGGAAUUGCUCUGCUUUUCUGUCCUCGGUUGGGGUUUCUGCUCGUCGUCGUCGUCCCAGGAGGAGCUUCUCUGUCGUAUUGGUGGCCGGAGUAGAGCACCAUCUGCAGCGCCGACGGCCGAGAUGGUUGUGCAUCUGGCUCUGGUUUGGGUUGCAGUCUCGCGAGGUUCGAUGCAGUUUUGCUAGGCGACAGUUGCUGGUACCUGCUAGUAGUAUAUAGAGGAGCUUAAUUGGAAGGAAGCAGUACUGGAGGAAACGAUGAGCUUCGGUACUGUGGGCAUGGAGGAGGAGAGCGGCGCCGCGGCGGCGGCCGCAGCGGCGGAGGAGAUCCGGCGGCUGCCGGCCGAGGUGAACUGGGAGAUGCUCGACAAGUCGCGGUUCUUCGUCCUCGGCGCGGCGCUCUUCUCGGGCGUGUCCGCAGCGCUGUACCCGGCCGUGGUGGUGAAGACGCACCUGCAGGUGGCGCCGCCGCCACAGGCGGCCAGGGCGACGGCCGCCGCCAUCCUACGGCGGGACGGCCUGCGGGGGUUCUACCGCGGGUUCGGCGCGUCGCUGGGCGGCACGGUGCCCGCGCGCGCGCUCUACAUGGCGGCGCUCGAGGCCACCAAGAGCUCCGUCGGGCCGGCCGCCGUCCGGCUGGGCGUGUCCGAGCCCGCCGCGUCGGCCGCCGCCUCCGCCGCGGCGGGCGUGUCCGCGGCUGUCGCGGCGCAGGUGGUGUGGACCCCCGUGGACGUCAUCAGCCAGCGGCUGAUGGUCCAGACCCCCGCGUGCUGCCGCUACCGCGGCGGCGUGGACGCCUGCAGGAAGAUCCUCCUCGCGGACGGCGUCCGCGGCCUGUACCGCGGGUUCGGCCUGUCCAUCCUCACCUACGCGCCGUCCAACGCGGUGUGGUGGUCGACGUACGCCGUGGCGCAGCGGUGCCUGUGGCGCGCCGUCGGGCCCGAGCGCUCCGAGAGCUGCGCCUCCCUGAUGGCCGUGCAGGGCGCGAGCGCGGCCGUGGCCGGUGGCGCCGCGGCGCUGGUGACCAUGCCGCUGGACACCGUGAAGACGCGGCUGCAGGUGAUGGAGGCGGACGCGGCGCGGCCCACGCUCGCGAGCACCGUGCGCGGGCUGCUCAGGGAGGGCGGCUGGGCGGCGUGCUACCGCGGGCUGGUGCCCAGGUGGGGGUCCAUGUCGCUGUCCGCGGCCACCAUGGUGACCACCUACGAGUUCCUCAAGCGGCUCUCCGCCAAGGACGGCUCCUUGGGCUAGAUCCUUCCUUUGCCGCCCUCGCUAUAACCGUAGCGAUCGUCAAGCGACUCCUGCCGUCCUCCAAGUCGAUGGUCGAUCCGCGGGGAUGGGUGGUUAAUUAGGACCCUCUCUCCUAUCUUGUACAUAUUGCUCACCAGGUUAUUUGCCUUCGUUCUUGUUUUCUUGAUCCGGCGCUAUAGAGAGUGGGCACUGGGCAGGAAGAAGAAGAAGAAGUAGAGGGGGUUUUAGGAUGCAAAAUUUUGCUGUGGGCCUGUGGGCCUGCUGCUUUUGAUGAUGAUGAAAACAUUGUGUGAAGUGAAGAACUUCUACUGUUCCAAACU